GCGCAUCCAUCAUCCGGGUCUUCGUCAAGGUUAGAUCUCUCUCCUUGCUCUGCGUUCAUCAUGGCGGAAAACAAACUUACGGUUAAGCAGAAAUUUACCAAUUUCUGUACGUUUCUUUACAAUUCUGAAACAGGUGAAGUCCUAGGAAGAUCUGGCAGGAAUUGGGGAGAGAUCACUAUAUUCUACAUAAUCUACUACAUCUGUCUUGCGGGCUUCUUUGCGGCUUGCUAUGCUGUCUUCAUCACGACACUGGAUGAGCAUUUCCCCAGACUGAUCCAUGAAGAUAGUUUAAUUAGAGGAAAUCCAGGAAUGGGAUUCCGGCCUAUGCCAGACCUCGCAACAACUUUAAUCCGUUAUGAGAUGGCUGAUGAAAAAAGUUACAAACCAUAUGUAGAUCACAUCAAUGAAUACCUGGAUAAAAAUCACAGAAAUGCCAGUAGUGACUUGGUUGAUUGUCCUGAUGGAGUGCCUCGCCCUGAGGAGACUACAGCCUGCACAGUUGACCUCAAUACUACACUAGCUAGAUGUGGAGAUGACUUUGGAUUCAAAGAUGGGAAACCUUGCAUUCUGCUCAAGUUAAACAAGGUAUUUGACUGGUUUCCUGAGCCCUUUGAGGCUGACAGUCUGCCCGAUAACAUGCCCCAGAGCCUUAAGGAUAGAUAUGACCAGACCCGUGUUUGGGUCACUUGUGAGGGAGAGAACCCUGGUGAUAACGAGAACCUGGGUGAGAUAGAGUACCUGCCCCAACAAGGCUUUGACAUGAAAUACUACCCCUACAAGAACCAGAAGGACUACCUUUCGCCUCUGUUAUUUCUCCGUCUCGCCAAUAUUAACCCAAAUGUUGGGAUGCUUAUAGAAUGCAAAGCCUGGGCAAGGAACAUCUGGCACGAUAGGACAGACAGACAGGGCAGCAUUCACUUCGAAAUCAUCGUGGAUUAAUGUUUGGACUUGUUAAAUAAUAGGCAUUUAUCAAUUUGGGAAUACUCUAUGGGACAAAGUCAUAUCAUGAAGGCCUGAUCCUUAAUAUAUAUAUUCAUUGACAGUGUUAAAAAGGGGAGGUUAACAGUGCUGUUUGUUCAGAUGUAAAGUAUUAAUGAAGUGUAGCACUGUUUUAAAGUUUGAUGGAAGGUCAGUCUAUGUAAAUAUGGCUUUCGUCCAAAAGGUUUUGUAUUAAAAUCCCUCCGCUCCUUAGGACUGGAAAAAUUAACUCCAGUAAUAACUUAAACCAGCAUAAGAAAUACACCUUGGAUGUCAAAUAUGAAAUUGUUACCAAAUGUGAUAAAGAAAAUAAUAAUUAAAUCUUAUUAAACAUUGUUAAAACUUUGUGUGAAUGAUGUUUAUAAUUUUAACUAAUUGUAUAAGAUUUUAGAUGUUGCAGAAUAGAUAUCUAAUGCUUUAUGUAAAAAUGUGUAAAUAGAAGAUUGUUAGCAUUAUGAGAUUCUUUCUUUUUCGUCCAGAUCUCUUUUUUUUUCAUUAUUGGUUGUUAGAAAUAUAUGCUUCUAUGCUAUUAGAAACAGGACAUUUUGUGUGUCCAUUACAUUAUUCUGAACUUGACAGUGUAGAGAAAAUGUCAUUAAACAGAGAUGCCAUCUUAUGACAAUCUGAAAAAAGUUGUUAAUUGUGUGAUAGAUUCAGUUUCAUAAUUUUGUAGAUAAAAAUGUUGUAGAUAAAUAGAUAUAUUGUCUAUCAUAUAAUCUGGAAUGUAAGCUGACUAGAAAUGGAGUGCCUUAUGAAGCAAGUUGUAUAUUCUAUUUGGCAUUCAAUGUAAUUUAAUCUUUAAAUUUAAAUAGUGGAAUUGAUUCAUAAGGCAUUCCAUACAGUUGUUACUUUUUAGGAUAAGCCAAUGGUUUUGUCUGAGAGUGUUCAUUGUGCAAAUGUGAUGUUGAUUGACAAGGUGUUCCUUGUUGGUGAAGUUUACAAGUGAAGGUAAUCCUACAACUGGUAGGGCUCCCAUCAUUGUAUGUGGCACAUUGUGUGAAUGGUUAAGUAUGCAAGACAAUUCACGCAUAGGCUGGCUUUUGGAUAUAUAGCGGAAACACCUAUGGAGUUGGUAUGUGUUUGACAAGGAAUAAUGUUUAAAAGUGUGAUUUGGUUCAGUCUUUGGAAGGAAAAUAUGCAUGCUGGUAAAUCAUCUUUUGCAUUGAAGAUUUGAUUGCACUCUUAACUGAUUUCUGAAAGAGCGCCUGAUAAUCAGUUCAACCCACAGUGCAAAAAGUGUAUGUAUAAAUGUGUAUCUCAAUAAGGCGCGAAUCCUGAUGGUUGAAAUCGACCAUCGCUUAUUUCACCAUUUGUCAGCACAUUCCCAUAUAGGUAGAUAUAUGUAUGUGUGUGAUAUCUUAGGACAUUCUAUUCAGGGAGGAAUCUUGAUUUGAACAUAUUCACCAAACAAUUUUGGUGAGGCAUAACAUUGUUAUCACAUGCGACAUAAGUCUUUGACAAUACAUCUGAGGAGUAUAUACCCAAAGUAUUGCCAUCUCUAUACAGAUGAAGGUAGUGUUGAGAAAUGUAUGUGCCAUAGUUGGAAUCAGUAGUUUGAUGGAAACUCAAUCAAAUGAAUAUUUCUCCAUUGCCUCAUUUAUUUGUUAUGAUCACUUGUAAGAAGCAAAUAUUGGGAGCCAUUUUUAGAAACGGGUUGGAACCCUUGUUUGGCCAAGACGUUUGUCUGACUAUCACCAGUACUAUGCAUUUCUACAUUCACAUUGUCGGAUUUUAAUAUUUUUGUCUUUUUAUGGCAAUGUUCACUGUGGUCGUUUUAGAUUCCUGCAAAUGCUACAAUGAAUUCAACAGGCCAUAUAGGUUGUAAGUGCAAGAUUAUCACAGGAUGAUUGGGUUGUUAGACCUGCAUGGCAUUUCUUCAAUAAUUUGUGUCACAUUCUUCACAUAUUCAGAACAAUUUGCAUGUACUUAUUUCCAAAUUUUUAAACUACAUCACGGUUCAUUUCUUUUUAUCUCUUUGUAUAUGUCUGUUUUAACAUCAGUUUCAAAUUAUCCCUUCAGACAUAAAUACUUAGCUGUCCUAAUUUAAGUAUCACACCUCACAGGGAAAGAUAUUUCUUCUGUGAGGUGUGAUUUGUCGUUAGCUUUUAGUUCUGUACACCACUGUAGAAUGUUAACCAGAUGUCUGUGAAACGGAAUAAAAUUUUGUUUUAAUA